AGCCCAAAUUGGAAACAUCUGACCGUCAGAGCAGCGUCAGCACGUGUUCACAUUAGGAUCCCGUCCACAAUUACACCGUGAAAUAACUCGAGUUGAGGCCGUUUUUCUGCUGGAGUUAUGACAAGCAUAGAUUUGUCCACCAGAUUUGCCGCCUUUACGAAUAUGCACUCCUAUGAAUCACGCGAACAAAGCUAUGUAGACUGGCCAUUUAGAGAGGAUUGUCACUGCACUCCUGAAAAGAUGGCCAAGGCUGGGUUUGUCCACUGCCCCAAUGAGAAUGAGCCUGAUGUGGCGUGCUGUUUCUUCUGUCUGAUCGAACUUGAGGGCUGGGAGCCAGAUGAUGAUCCCUGGUCCGAACACUUUAAACGCUCUCCGAACUGUGGAUUCUUAUCCUCGAAAAAAGAUUUCACUGAAAUGACCGCGGCUGAUUUCUUUCAUAUGGAAAGAGAGAGGCUUAAGGUCUUCCUUAAAAAAAUGUGUCACAAGAAGAUGGCAUAUUUGCGGGAGGACAUAGACCGUACCCUUGGGAGCCUUAUAUCUCAGUUGGACACUUAACUGAUUGAAAUCAAACUUCCUGUCUUUGUUUUGUGAUUUUAUUGCAACACUAAUCUUAAGGGUGUAGCAUAAGCUUUUAUAGCAGUAUAACAUAUCAAUAAAGUUGUUCAAAAUAUUACUCUUCAA